AUGGGCGAGCUGCCGACCGGGUGUCGGAAAAGGAGGCGGAAGCGGGGAGGAGCCGCCGCGGGAGCCGGACUGCAUCCGCCGCGGCGUCUCCAUGGCACGGCCCUGGCCUCCGACUUCAACGACUUCAUAAGGAGACGUUUCUGGGCGCAGCCGUGUCGCUCCUGGUUUCCAUCGUGUGGGAAGAACGGAGUAACAAGUCUCACGCAGAAAAAGGUCUUGAGGACACCUUGUGGCGCACCCAGUGUGACUGUGACGAAGCGAAGCAUGAAGGACCGCUCUUCAACGCCCCCCUUACAUGUUCAUGUGGAUGAGAACACUCCUGUCCACGUCCACAUAAAAAAACUCCCGAAACCAUCAGCGACCAGCGGCCAGAAAUCUCAUAAGCGCGGAAUGAAAGGGGACACCGUGAAUGUGCGGCGGAGUGUCCGGGUGAAAACCAAGGUACCUUGGAUGCCCCCUGGAAAAUCAUCCGCCCGGCAUGUGGGAUGCAAGUGGGAGAAUCCACCUCAUUGUCUGGAGAUCACACCACCAUCUUCAGAAAAGCUGGUCUCGGUGAUGCGGUUAAGUGACCUUUCUACAGAAGAUGAUGACUCGGGUCACUGUAAAAUGAACCGUUAUGAUAAGAAGAUUGACAGUCUAAUGAACGCAGUUGGUUGUCUCAAGUCUGAGGUCAAGAUGCAGAAGGGUGAGCGCCAGAUGGCCAAGAGGUUCCUGGAGGAGCGCAAGGAAGAGCUGGAGGAGGUGGCCCACGAGCUGGCCGAGACCGAGCAUGAGAACACGGUGCUGAGACACAACAUCGAGCGCAUCAAGGAGGAGAAGGACUUCACCGUGCUUCAGAAGAAACACCUCCAGCAGGAGAAGGAGUGCCUCAUGUCCAAGCUGGUAGAAGCUGAAAUGGAUGGGGCUGCUGCUGCCAAGCAAGUCAUGGCCUUGAAGGAUACUAUCGGGAAGCUAAAGACGGAGAAACAAAUGACCUGCACGGACAUCAACACCCUAACGAGGCAGAAGGAACUUCUCCUGCAGAAGCUGAGCACAUUUGAAGAGACCAACCGCACCCUCCGAGACCUGCUGAGGGAACAGCACUGCAAAGAGGAUUCGGAAAAGCUGAUGGAGCAACAAGGAGCACUACUCAAACGGCUGGCGGAGGCGGACUCAGAGAAAGCGCGCCUGCUGUUACUCCUGCAAGACAAAGACAAGGAGGUAGAAGAGCUACUCCAGGAAAUACAAUGUGAGAAGGCUCAAGCAAAGACAGCGUCCGAGCUUUCUAAAUCCAUGGAGUCCAUGCGUGGGCAUUUGCAGGCACAGCUCCGGUGCAAAGAGGCAGAGAACAGUCGCCUGUGCAUGCAGAUCAAGAACCUGGAGCGCAGUGGGAACCAGCACAAGGCAGAAGUGGAGGCCAUCAUGGAGCAGUUGAAGGAAUUAAAGCAAAAGGGAGACCGAGACAAAGAAACCUUAAAGAAGGCCAUCCGAGCCCAGAAGGAACGAGCUGAGAAGAGUGAGGAGUAUGCUGAGCAGCUACACGUGCAACUUGCUGACAAGGAUCUUUAUGUCGCUGAAGCUUUAUCCACUCUGGAAUCAUGGAGGAGCCGCUACAAUCAAGUUGUGAAAGACAAGGGAGACCUCGAGCUGGAAAUUAUCGUCCUGAACGACCGGGUGACAGAUCUCGUAAACCAACAACAAACGUUGGAGGAGAAGAUGCGGGAAGAUCGGGACAGCCUGGUGGAGAGAUUACACCGGCAGACAGCCGAGUAUUCCGCGUUCAAGCUAGAGAACGAGAGGCUGAAGGCUAGCUUCGCCCCGAUGGAGGACAAGCUCAAUCAGGCGCACAUCGAGGUACAGCAGCUGAAGGCGUCAGUUAAGAACUAUGAAGGGAUGAUUGACAACUAUAAGAGUCAGGUGAUGAAGACCAGAUUGGAGGCUGAUGAAGUGGCUGCCCAGCUGGAACGCUGUGACAAAGAGAACAAGAUCCUUAAAGAUGAGAUGAACAAAGAGAUUGAAGCGGCCCGUAGGCAGUUCCAGUCCCAGCUGGCUGACCUGCAGCAGCUGCCCGACAUCCUCAAGAUCACGGAGGCUAAGCUGGCAGAGUGCCAAGACCAGCUGCAGGGCUAUGAGAGGAAGAACAUUGACCUCACAGCCAUCAUAUCAGAUCUGCGCAGCCGGAUCGAACAUCAGGGGGACAAGCUGGAGAUGGCAAGAGAGAAACAUCAGGCUUCCCAGAAGGAAAAUAAACAGCUGAGUCUGAAGGUGGAUGAACUGGAGAGGAAACUGGAGGCAACCAGCGCCCAGAAUAUCGAGUUCCUACAGGUGAUUGCCAAGAGGGAGGAGGCAAUCCAUCAGUCCCAGCUGCGGCUAGAGGAGAAAACACGGGAGUGUGGGACCCUGGCCAGGCAGUUGGAGAGCGCCAUUGAAGAUGCUAGGAGGCAGGUGGAACAAACCAAGGAGCACGCAGUCUCCAAGGAGCGAGCUGCUCAGAGCAAAAUCCUGGACCUUGAAACCCAGCUGAGCAGGACCAAAACUGAACUCAGCCAGCUGCGGCGGAGCCGGGACGAUGCUGACCGUCGCUACCAGAGCCGGCUCCAGGACCUCAAAGAUCGCCUGGAGCAGUCAGAGAGCACCAAUCGCAGCAUGCAGAACUAUGUCCAGUUCCUCAAGUCAUCCUAUGCCAAUGUGUUCGGGGACAGUCCCUACACUACCUACCUGACCAGCUCUCCCAUCCGCUCCCGAUCUCCUCCUGCCUAAGGCUGCCGGUCUUGGGCCAGGAGCCCGGAUUGAUGCCAUGGGAACCGCAGAGGGGCCAGGCCAUAGCUGGAAAGCCUCUUGCUUUCCUCUCUCUUCCACUGAUGGAAGUAUGUUCAGGCAGGAUCUUGUCUGAGCUACUGGCCCCAGAAAAGUCCCUAA